GAUUGUUUAUGGCGGGAAAAGUGUACAGUAUUGCGGCAUGCGCGCCUUCCUCUUUUGAUGUUAUAUAUAUUUUGCCCGUUUAAUGUGUAUAUGGUGAUUUGGUAAACGGAGCGCAUCUAACCUUGGUUGUGAGUUUUUGAACGAUUGAAUUUGUAGAAAAAUUAACAAUGGGAAUUCUCGGAUUGUCGAAAUUGAUUGCGGACGUCGCUCCAGAAGCCAUCAAAGAAUGCGAAUUGAAACAUUUAUUUGGUCGCAAAAUUGCCAUUGAUGCAUCUAUGUGUUUGUAUCAAUUUCUAAUAGCUGUUCGAUCAGAAGGAGCACAAUUAACUUCAGUAGAUGGAGAAACGACAAGUCACUUGAUGGGUACAUUCUAUCGAACUAUAAGACUUGUUGAAAAUGGGAUAAAACCAGUAUACGUAUUUGACGGUAAACCACCUACACUAAAGGGUGGUGAAUUGGCAAAACGUGCUGAAAGGAGAGAAGAAGCUCAAAAGCAGUUGCAGGCAGCAGAAGAAGCUGGAAAUGUUGAGGAUGUCGAUAAAUUUAAUAGGAGGCUGGUUAAAGUAACUAAGCAGCAUGGCGAAGAAGCAAAACAGUUACUUACUUUGAUGGGUAUCCCGUUCAUUGAUGCUCCCUGUGAAGCUGAAGCACAGUGUGCAGCAAUGGUAAAAUCAGGAAAAGUGUAUGCUACAGCAACAGAGGAUAUGGAUGCUCUUACCUUUGGUUGUAAUGUUUUGUUACGACGAUUGACAUUUAGCGAAGCAAGAAAAAUGCCUAUCCAGGAAAUUCAAUAUGACAAAGUGUUAAAUGGUUUAGGACUAACUCGAGAUGAGUUCAUAGAUCUAUGUAUAAUGUUGGGUUGUGAUUAUACGACAAGUAUUAAAGGAGUUGGUCCAAAACGAGCUAUAGAAUUAAUAAAAAAUCACAAGUCUCUUGAGAAAAUUUUAGAAAACUUGGAUACCAAAAAGUUUCCUGUUCCUGAAGAUUGGAAUUAUAAAGAUGCAAGACAGUUGUUUAUUGAACCCGAAGUGAAGGAUCCAGAAGAAGUUGAUUUGAAAUGGAAUGAUCCAGAUGAGGAAGGUCUGGUCAAAUUUUUGUGUGGGGACAAACAAUUCAAUGAAGACAGAGUUAGAAAUGGAGCAAAAAAGUUACUGAAAGCUAGACAUACUGGAACACAAGGACGAAUCGAUUCGUUUUUCAAAGUUUUGCCAAGUACAAAUGGAACUCCAGCAAAGAGAAAGGCUGAAGAUAAAAAAACAGCAGCAAAGAAAGGUAAAACUACAGGAGGUGGAAGAGGAAGAAAACCAAAGUAAUUUUGAAAUGAAAAUUCUUGCAUUUUUUAUUUCAUCUGAUUAACAAACGAUGUUGUAAUAAUUAGUGGUGUAUUACAAUUAUUUAUAUUACAAUAAUUUUUGUCUCGAGUAUUUUGUAAAAAAACGGCACGAAACUUUAUAUUUUUUAUAAUUAAAAUAAUUUCCUA